AUGCCUGGAUUCGAGCCCAAGACACCGGUCACCCUUGACCCUCCAAAAGACGACAUCAUCAGCCUCGACCACCUUUCAAAAUGUGACGGAACACACGAGGGCUACCCUACAUAUGUGGCCAUCAAAGGCACGGUCUUCGACGUGACCGGUAACAAGGCUUAUGGUCCGGAGGGAUCUUACAAAGUUUUCGCUGGCAAGGACGCUUCUCGCGCUCUGGCACAAUCUUCGCUGAAAGCCGAAGAGGCAAGACCAGAUUGGUAUGACCUUUCGGAUGAACACAAGAAGGUGCUCAAUGAUUGGUACACGUUCUUCAGCAAACGUUACAACAUCAAGGGCAAAGUUGAAGGAGCAACGAAUACGGGUGAAGGUCAAUAG